AUGUAUGUGAACCGCGUUGAGCGAAUCGCCCGCGACGCAGGCAUGAACGUCAACGUGAGCAGCGGCCUGACGUGGGCCGUGCUGACGUGGACGCUGCGUCACGACGUGGUCGAGGAGGUGCUGCUCACCUGCUGCGAGCCCGAGCAGCUGGACACGUGCCCCCACGAGGUGUUGCUCAACAGCAGUGCGCGCAAACACCGGCUGCAGGGACUCGAACCGUGGCGGGCGUACGACCUGCGAUUCUUCCGCUACGAGGGCAUGGCGCUGGUGCUCAGGAAGCGCUUCAGGACCGGGAAUACCGCCGCAGAGGAGGCGGUCCCGUCCGCAGCGCCACCUAACGUGACCUUCACGUUCCUGGACGAUGGCUCGGCGCUGGUGUCGUGGGUCCCGGGUCCCACCUGCACCCCUGACUCUGCUCCCACCGGCAACGUCAGUGACAGCGGCGACGGCGAAGGCUACCUGGUGUCGUGGGCACCGGUGCUCGAACAGGGCUCUUCCGCCGCUGCCGACAGCGUCCGGGAGGAGAUCACUGCGGACACCCGGCUGACGCUGCGGCACCUGACGCCUUCCACCGCGUACGCGGUGGAAGUGCAUGCUCGGACUGCGUGCGGCGCCGACGAUGCGCCGCGCGUCUGGACGCUCCGUAUAGAGACACCGCCCGCGACGUCCUCGAUGGCGGUCGCUGCGAACGCUACUCAGUAAAACGCUCUCGCGUCGCUCGCGUUCGCAACCGCCGUGCGUGAGACGGUACGACCCCGAAUCACGGCGCGAUGUUGCGGGCUGCGGAAAUAAGAAUGCCUCUCGUGUUCUUCGGGGAGGCACCGCCGUUUAUCGCGUGCGUUCGAUGUUGUUUCUCCCGAGGUGUUUCUGUAAGAACUGCAUGUUUUUUAGACUA